CCUACAGAAGCUUCCGUAGUUGAAGUCACAUGAAUUGUUUGUUGUGGUCGUAGGUGAAAUCCACUCUGUAUAUCACAUAGCGUACAUGUUACAAUAUUAACCUUACAUUUGUCGGCUGUGGUGAUAUCAUUCUGGCGUUUCGUGUCGAAGCGUCGACGCCAGGGCGAUAAACAGGACGUUAUUCCAUCAAGUGAAAGCUAAUGACUGUUAACGUCAGCUGGUAAAAAAAAAUAAAAAAUAAAAAAUCCAAGCCAUGCUUCGGUGGAUACUCGGUGGUCGGGAAGCCCAAAGCUCCGUGGAGAAAAGCCCUGUGUUGUGCAUUGGCGAGGAACAGCCCAAAAACUGGUUCACUGAGCUGCAGGUGCUGAAAGGACAUUUUGACAUUGUUCGAUUUCUGGUGCAGAUUGAUGACUUCAGAUGUGCCUCAGCAGGAGAUGAUGGCCUUGUUUUGGUGUGGAAUAUUGAGACUGGCGAAAGGCUGCAGGAGCUGAGGGGCCAUUCCCAGCAAAUAACAGCCAUAACCACCUUAACCUGUAAUAAUGGACUCAUGUCGCACACGUCCCUCAUCACUGCCUCCUCAGACAGAAGUCUCAGUCUGUGGGACCCUGACACAGGCAACAGGGUUCAGACCAUUUCAGAUCUUCAGUCUUCUGUAAAGUGUUUGCUGGUGCUGGAGCGACUGUGUGUGUGGCUCUCUGGCGGGGAAGAACUGUGUGUGUGGAACAAAGACUUUCAGCUGCAGUGUCACAGACAGAACCACAGUGACACUGGAAUAACUGCGUUGAUAGAGCUGCCCAAGAACUGCAUAGCAGCUGCUAUGGAUAAAGAAAUAAUGAUUUACAGGCUUACAGUUUCUACUGAUUCUUCUAUGUCAGUGGCUGAAAUCCGCUGUCUCUCAGACCACCAGGACCAGAUUCGAGCUCUUAUCAAUGUCAAUGACGGGCUCUUUGCGAGCGGUUCCCAUGCAGGCGAGUUGAUCUUAUGGGAUGCGAUUGAUUGGACCAUUUUGGCCUACGAGCACAUCCUGUGGGAGGAGUCACAAACCAGUGCGCAGGCUGAAAUACGGAUGGGGGCUCCCAAACCCAGUGAGAUGUCCAUUCAGCAUUUGACCACGAAUGGAACGCUCAUCCUGGCAGCUGUGGGCAGCGGUCUGUAUGUGUACAGCAUUCUGACCAAAACAGUGGUGGCCUACAGGAAGGUUGCCCAUGACUCCAAUGUUUUACACACCAUGUUGCUAUCUGACAGCGAGUUGAUGUCCUGCUCUGAAGAUGGCAGCGUGAGGAUGUGGGAGAUCCAAGACCUGCCUUUGCCUGCUGAGCCUGCCUCUGCAGGGUUCUUUGGCAUGUGGAAUUUUGGCCGGUCAAACAAACAGACUGGUCCACCGUCAAAGAAGGUCAUGGAUGUCCCCAACAUCAGGACGUUGGAGUUGACAGGCGAUCUGAUCGGACACUCGGGGGCGGUGCAGAUGUUUGUGAGCUUCAAGGAGAACGGUCUGGUCACAUGCUCGACGGACCACCUGCUGAUUCUGUGGAAGAACGGGGAGAGACAGUCGCACCUCCGCAGCCUGGCACUUUUCCAAAAACUGGAGGAGAAUGGAGGACUCUGAUCUUUAACCUAUGUGUCACUGCCUUAUAAAAGAGAGGUGGGUUGUUGUUGGUCGAUGUUGGUCGCAAAUAAUUUGAAUAUAGUGCAAUGAUUGUUGUUUGCAUUGAAUGAUAAUGUAAUUGUUGACUGCCUUUUGAAAACAAGUGUUUAACUUAAAUUUGAAAAACUCAGUAAAUACCUCAUGUCAGAAACAGACAAAUUGUAAUAUUUUUAUCUUUGGCCUUGUGUGUGUAAGUGCUCUGAUGUCCCUAUUAGGGAUUAUAUGCUAUAUAUUCAGGGCCCACUUUGUUAGGUACACCUGUACAAUCUAUUACAAUUCAAUGCAACAGUCUGCCAUAAAUUCCACUCUAACAAAGUUUAUAAUAUUAGGUUUUUGUUGACAUUUUUGGCAAUGUAUCAGUUAAAUUCAUAUGUUGAAGUCAUAGCUAAAGGUAGUGUUGUAGUGGAUUACAUUAUACUGACAUAUUUAGAGGUGUCUCUAACUCUUGCUCCUCCCUAUUUACAUACGUAUAUGAGGACAUAGACAGAAUAUUAGAAACACCCCUCAACAUAAUGCAUUCCAGUGCAUCACCACCACUUAAUGACCACAGUGUUACAACAUAUCAUUGCAUUAACACCUCUAUGACAGUGUCAAAAAAAGUAAACAUUUGAAGCACUAUAAGCUGUAUGGCAAUAUGGCAGUUGCAUUUGGUUGCAUUUGAGUGUACCUAAUAAAUUGGUCACAGCUGUCUAAACAACUGCAGCCCUCAGUCCACAUUUUGGUGCCUCUUCAUUUUUGGUAUAUAAUCGUGUUUCACUGCUCUCUUUGAAGAGAUCUGUCCCCAGUGAACCUGGCUCUGUCCAAAGGUAAAAACCACCAUGUCAACGCUCACUUUAAGUACUGCACAUACUCCCCAUAAAAACCCUACCUUGUCUUUUUUACAAUUUGGUUUUUGUAGGUAUUACACAAACAAGAUAGAUCUUUAGAGGUGCUGGUAGGUUGCUUUUGUUACCUUCAGACAGAGCCAGAGUAGCUGUUUACCCAAUUUGCAGUCUUAUUGUCAGACAGCACCGAACAUCUGUACAAUUUUCUUACCUAACUCUUGGUGAGUUAGGUAAAGCAAAGGAAAGCAAAUAAGCGCAUUUUCCCAAAAUAUCAAAAACAUUGCUGCUGCCAUUCGUAUAACAAGUUAUAUAUUUAAAGAAUGCUUUAAUUGUCUCUCACAAUACAUUUUUGUGUUUGACAGGAACAUCAAAAUAAGACAUCAUAAUCCAGAGAGAGCAAAAUACAUUAAAUCUUUCAAACAAACAUGGUAGAUUGACUUUGACAGAAAGCUUUUUGUCACUACUAUGCAUGAGGCAGUAAAAUCAUUCAAACACACAUUACAGUUCUCAUGGCCAAUAAUGAUGAUUUUUCUUCUUUCAAAAAUAAUUUGUACCGUAUAUAACAUUAUCACUUUCUAAUUAUUGUCCUGUUUUGUUAAUUAUACAAAACAACACAGAAUUGGCACGUUGUCGCAGCCACGGCCAUCAGUGUCAGAGAUGAAAGAGAGGAAAUAGAAAUCACUGUAAGUGAUGAAGGCUUAUCAUUACAUAACAAGCAGUUAUACAAUCUGGUUCUGCCUCAGUACACUCAAAGCGAGGCGUUAAGCGACUGGCUGUCAUCUGAUCUAAUUUACAUCAUCUCAUUCCAGUCAUUGCUGCUCACAGAAAAGGCAUGUUUGUCUGACAUGUAAGUCUGAAAUAUUUAAAUUGUCUUUGUGAAUAGAAAUCUAGCAAAAAUAUCUUCUCAUGAUCAGUGAUAGCAGUCAUGAAACAUUCAGAGGUGGAGCCACAUUUCAAGUCACUGUAAAAAAAAAAUUAAAUCUUGUUUUAGAGAUUUUGGAAAUCACCCCUGCAACAUAUAACAGCCAAAACAAAAGUUACAUAUGCAAAUGUUUGUAAAAUGCAAAGCAAAAAAUGAUAUAUUGACUGAAUAUUUACAAGAACAGCAGUUACAUCAGGUAGUUUACAGUGUAUUGCAACAAUAGCAGACCUAGACAGUGAGACAAGAUUAAGGCGUUGAUUAAGACCUUGAUCAUCAAUAAAAUACAUCAUAGUGAAUACAUUGAACACGGAUGUGACCAGUUCUGUCUCUUUAAAAGUGAACUGAAACCAUAGCUGACAAAACAAUUAUGAAAUUCACAUUUGAGCCAACUACACCUGAUUCAGUUUGUGUCUUACUGCUUUAAAAACCUUCAGUUGUACAAAAGAAAUGAUAAAACAUCAGGACCAUCGUGAGAGAACUAUUAACACUGACUCAUCAUGUCAACUCAAAACUGUAGCACAGACCAUAAUGCAACAUGUCCAAAGUCAUAUUUUCUCUUAAAUAUCUGAAACAUGUAUGGCUUGUUUUGUGUUUUUUUUUCUUUAGAGGAGGAAGUAUUUCAACCAAAGAAAUACUUGUUUCUGUAAAGAUGACCAAAGAAUAAGGCACCUGUAAAGAGCUCUCUGUGCCUUUGGUUAAUACUGUAAUGUGCGUUGGAUUAACAAACACAUAUGCAUCCCACUUCACUCAUAACCAUCAUUCAAAUAUAGCAACAACUGGUAAUGUAUAGUAACAAAAUUACACAAUUUCACCAAAGCAGCUUGGGUUAUAGGUAUUUGCAAAUCCAAUUUUCUUAAUUUAUAAACUGAUUUCAAAUG